CACACGCGCACACGCAGACACGCGCACGCACACAGACGCAGGCUUCCCCGUUCGCGUCUCUCCACCGCACUGCGCGCGUCUGGAUCGUCGGCUCCUGGCGAUGUUGCUGCUGCUGCAGGGCGCCUUGUUCCUUCUCCUGUGGGCAGGUUCGGCGUUCGCCGGCCUGUACGAGGCGUGCGGCGGGCGCAUCGACGUGGGCCGCGACCCGCAGGGCACCGUGCGCUACGGCCCCCAGUGGGGACAGUACCCGCACAACGCGCACUGCGUCUGGCACCUCGACUCGUGGCCCAGUGAGAGGACAUUCGUGCGCCUCUCCUACAUCGACGUCGAGUUCUCGCCCAGCUGCCAGUACGACUCGCUCAGCGUCACGCUGGGAGGCGACAGACCCGGCGAGCCCGAGUCGACGCAGGCGUUCUGCUGGCGCGAGUCUCAGGUGGACGUCUCGUCGCUGUCGGCGCUGUCGGGCCUCGGGGCGGCUCGCCUCACCUUCACGAGCGACGCGUCCGUCUCCUUCGGAGGAUUCUCGAUCAACUACUUCGUCGCUCUGGACUGGUGUGGACGCUUCACCCCGUGCCAGAACGGAGGGACCUGCCACAACACGGACACGCGCUUCCGAUGCGAAUGUCCGCCCGGCUGGGAGGGGGAAGUCUGCGACCAAGCUGUGGCCGCGUUACCGACUCCACCGUCACAGCUGGAGCAAGAAUCUCCAGACAGCGCCGGCGACAACGAACCAGCGUCGCCGGGGGGACCGGCGAGCGACUCCCAGGCGGAGGGCCACGGCACCGGUCCUCCGGCGGCCGCCCCCACGGAUUCCCGUCGCGACGACGACCCCGACGACGACCCCAACGACGACCCCGACGACGACCUCACGUACGAGAACGUUUACGACCCCUCCUUCGAGUUCGACCCCAGCCAGGCCGCCGCCGACCAAUACCUCUUCAGCCUCGUGCCUCCGACGGUGCCCAACCUGCCGCUCCCUCCGGCGGGCGACGCUGCCCCGUCCGGCGACAACCCCGGGGGAGCGGCCGCCGCUCGGGGCGACGGCGGCGGCGCCGAGAGAGGCGACGGAGGCCCGGGCACGCCGGGGGCGGGUCUAGCGAGCGAGAGCCGAGGCCCGGACGGGGGCGGCGGAACCGCCCCGGGACCGGAGGCGGCACCUCGGCCGGAGGGCGGAAGCCCCGGGGGCGACGAAAAAACGUCCGCGGGGUGGGACACCGAGACGGCCGCGGGUGCCUCCCGGACUCCGACCGCCGACGAGGGCCGGCGAGACGGCCUCACGAGUCCGCCCCAACAGCUGGAGCCGAGCCUCCCGCCGGCACCGUCCCGCCCUGACGGCCCGCCCGGCCAGACGGCGCUGCCGCCGGCUCCCUGGAGCCGGACCCCGGCGCUACCGGCGGCUGCCGACGCGACAGUUCCGCCGGUGGCCGAACCGCCACCGCCACCGCCUGCUACACCCGUCGCAGCGGCGACGGAACCGCUGGCGACGCGCGGGGGGGCAACUGGGGUGGAGGCGACGGUGCUCGAGAGCUCGUCGACGCAGGGGGGGGCGCUGGCGGGCAACGUCGAGGCAACGGUGCCGGCUGCAACGACGGAGACGUUCUGCCGUUCAUCAAAGCGAUGGUCGGCAGGGCAGGAGACGGCCAAGGCAGGGAGAACAAUCCAGGGUCGGAGUGGCAUCCCUUGGAGAUGUGGCCCCGCAGGCCGCACUUACAACAAGUGA